GCGGCGGCGGCUUUCUCGGCUCUGGCUCCUCGCGCUUCUCCGCGGCUUCGCCUCGCUCCUCUCCGGGAGGCUCCCGCGCCGCGCUGGCCAGGACGGCAUUGUUACAGGGAGCCUCUGGGAGUUCCAGGGUGAAGAGAUCUUCUUCAUCUGGAGACCUCUGCUAAAGGUGAAGACCUUCUAACAGGCCAGACAGCCUUAGCAGGACUCAGAAAUCAUACAUCAAGGCCUAGGAAAGGAAGAUGAAGAAAAUGCCUGCUGCUUUGUCCAGGAAAUGUUUGAGAAUGGAGAUCAAACCCCCUGGAACAUUACAUUCCCCUGUUAAGAGCUUGGACAAGAGUUUGGCAUUCCGCUUUUGCAGAUCGCUGCCGGUAGCGGAGCGCAAAGGGAACGGCGAGACUCCCACAUCUUUCAGCGAGAAGAAAGGAGUCAGCGGAGCAGACUAAUACGGACUUGUGUCGGGUGCCCUUGCCCUACAAAGGCUGCCUUUAAAAGAGAAACGCAGUGUUAUUUAAUGAGCUGUGAGAUGAGGCACUGCUGCUAACGCUCAGAUCCCAGGAUUCAUCGGCUAUUCAUUGUGCUUAAUGUACAUGUUUCUGCACCGUGCAUUUAGGAGAUCCCAGAGAAGAAUCCAAAACGGCUGCGGGGGAAAGACCACCAAACAUGCCUACAGAAACAUUACCGACAGGUAGCAUGGUGAAGCCGGUCAGCCCUGCCGUGACUUUCACAUCCGCCGUUCCUCUCCGCAUCCUGAACAAAGGACCUGACUAUUUUCGCAGGCAGGCGGAGCCUAAUCCAAAAAGACUGAGCGCAGUGGAGAGGCUAGAAGCCGACAAGGCAAAAUAUGUCAAGAGCCAGGAGGUCAUCAAUGCCAAGCAGGAGCCUGUGAAGCCGGCGGUGCUGGCGAAGCCACCGGUCUGUCCUGCGGCCAAGAGAGCACUGGGAAGCCCCACCUUGAAAGUCUUCAGCAACAACGCAAAGACUGAGAGUGGCGUCCAGAGGGAAAAUCUGAAACUUGAGAUUUUGAAGAACAUCAUCAACAGCUCUGAAGGCUCCAGCUCAGGUUCAGGGCAUAAGCACGGUCCCCGAAAUUGGCCACCCCACAGAGCUGAUUCUACAGAGCUGAACCGACACUCAUUUGCCGAAUCUUUGAAGGUUUACCCCACGCAGGGUCGUAGCAGCCCACAGGAGAGCAGCUCCAACGUCAGCAGAAGGCUCCUAGAUCAAUCGGCAGAGACUUUCUUGCAUGUCUCUCACAGCUCUUCGGAUAUUAGGAAAGUAACUAGCGCAAAGCCCUUAAAAGCAAUACCCUGCAGUAGUUCCGCCCCACCUCUGCCUCCAAAGCCCAAAAUCGCUGCCAUUGCCACCCUGAAAUCCCCAGAGAUUGAGGCAGUCGAGUCUGGAUGCGGAGUUAGUAGAAGACCCUCCCUACAGCGAUCAAAAUCAGACUUAAGUGACCGAUACUUUCGCGUCGACGCAGAUGUGGAACGAUUCUUUAACUACUGCGGACUGGAUCCUGAAGAGCUUGAAAACCUCGGGAUGGAAAACUUUGCAAGGGCUAACUCUGAUAUUAUAUCCCUCAACUUUCGCAGUGCAAGCAUGAUUAGCUCAGAUUGUGAACAGUCUCAGGACAGCAACAGUGACCUUAGAAAUGAUGACAGUGCCAAUGACCGUGUGCCAUAUGGCAUUUCAGCCAUUGAAAGGAAUGCCAGAAUCAUCAAGUGGUUAUAUAGCAUCAAGCAAGCUAGAGAGUCACAGAAAGUGUCCCAUGUGUGAGAGAGAAAUCCACCAUAGAAAAAACAAGGACUGUAUCUUUGUCUGUGAAUAUUCAGUUUGUGAAGGGUUGUGAAGUCUACUUGAAGUCUUGUACCCUUCUCAAAUCUCUUUGUGUUGCUUGUUGUGCAAUGUUUCCAAGUUGCAUGCCUGUCAACAUGUGAGCUGACCUGGCUUCCACUUGAACAAUAACUAACUACAAAGCCUGGCUGAGCAUACACAUUAACUGCCAAAAGUUUAAGACAAGAAUCUGAUUAGGGCUUCAGUAUAAUCAAAGUGUUUACAUGGAAAGGUUAUAUGACUUCUUUGGUAUUUAUGUGGUUCCUUGUGGAUUUUAUAUAUGUCACUUGCUGUCUUAAUACGGAUAUUGUCAACUGAUGUUACUAGUUUCUAAGUUGAAACAGAAUCCCUUUGAGGGGGGAAGAAAAGCAAAAUUGGCCAGAAAAAAGAGGUUUAGGCAUAUGACGAUAGGCACAGCAGCCUUAUCUCUUGUAGAAAGUGCAUUAUUGGCACAUGAAAGCUGUUUCUAAAAGGCAAAGAAUGCUAUGUUCUUAAAUUAUGUAUCAUUGUUAAACUAUAUAUCCCUACUUGUAGUAAAGCACUAUUCUGUAAAGGUUUCUUUUUUCUAGAUAAGCUCCCUCCGUUUUACAGCAGAAAUAGUCUAGUGAAUCUUCUUGACCUCUCAUAAACUAAAUGAGUCUUGCAUUUGGGUUGGUGGAAGCAUUUUUAAUGAUUUUGUAUUAUCCCUGUUGGAAAAGCUUAAAGAAGGUCAGAGUGAACAGACGGCGCAGGUGUGGGAUUUUGUGGGUUUAAUUUUUACUCAAAGAUUCCUGGUCUUAAACUUUUGACAGGAAUAAUUAGAUCCUAUAGCUGAUAUUGAAUGCCUUUAUUAGUCAAAACACAUCAUGACUACAAACUCCAUGCUGUCUUUUAAUUUUUUUUGUAGACCUAUUUGAACAGUUAAUGAACAAAAAUGGAAACACACAGCCAUAUCAAUAUAACGCCUCCUAUUCAGAAGUAAAUACACUCAGUAGCUGAACUAUAUCUGAAAAAAUGUGAUUAUGUUGUCUUACAUAUGUUAUAUCUAAGGCUGUGAGGGUUUGUUACAGCUCUAGGAAAGUGUAGAAACAUGACAGUAUGUAGCUUUUUCUUUUUUUUUUUUUUUUUACCUCUUUAACAUGGUUAGUGCUGCAGAUCAACCUGUUACAAAUCUUUUGACAAUCUGUGUCUUCCCAGUGGUUUAAUGAACUGUCAUUUCAACUGACAGUGGUGGUGUGGUAGUCGAGAAGUUGAAAGUACAGUGGUCGCUUCAUUAUUAUUGUAUACAUGCUUUGAAGUAAAUUGCAGCACUACCUUAUACUACAUCAGCUAAUAGGAAACUUUUUUAUUGUGUAAAUGCUGUAAGACUUUGUAUAUACUUUAGUUACGAAAUCUUUAAAAGGAAGAGUGUUAUGCUAAUAAAUAGCUCCUGGUGCAGGUAUGGUAGGUUUUUUGUUCUUUUUUUGACCCCUUCCAUUCUUAAAACUAUAUCAGGAACUCAAUUGCAGUGUCUUUUAGUGCUGUAGAAGGUCUUGGUUAAAUAAUAGUUCCAGUAAAAGGUUUCUUUUACUAAAGUGCUUUUCAGAAUAUAAUUUUUUAUAAAAUAACUAUAGCAGCAUGAUCUGUCUGAAGAACUAGAAGAGGUUUUCAAGACUCCUAAAAUAGCUUGCUUCUUCCUUACCUAGCAAUGUUACUGUUCCCAUUUAUAGCAUCUGUUCAUAAUGAAUCACUGCAGUCUUCUGAAUUAUUCUUCAGUAGUGCUUAUUUAUAUAUUUGAAUAUUAAAGAUAUUUUACAAAGUCGGGUUCUAUCUUUUCUCUAAGAAGCCUGUAGCCCAACUUCUUACAGCUACAGUUAAUGCAGGCAAGACUGGAAGUGGAGCCAUGUAGUCGUUUGUUGCCUAUGGAAUUAUCCCACAUCCAGUUUUAAAUAAGUGUUCUCCAAAGGAUUGUUCAUGAAGGGGGGAAGCACACAUUCAGUUUCAGGAGGCUAUUCUAUGAUUUUUACAGUUGACUUCACAACCUAAGACUUACAACAUUCCUAGCUUGGACAAAAAAAAUGAGGAGCUCUGUAUUUCAGCUACAGGCACAUUUGUGACAUUUCAAGCUCCAUGGGUUUCAGUUGGCAUUGACAUCACACUGGUUUUUCAAGCAUAUUUUUCCAAUAGUAAGUUCUACUCAGUUCAGUGACUAUUUUGCCAAGGAAAAUAAUGCUUAAGGGAUUAAAGCCAAGUGUAAUGCAGCUGUACAACAAUGAAAUAAAGAAGUUAAAACC